GCCGUGUGUUAACAGGUCAUGGGGGCCUGUUUCGGCCGCUGCAUUUCCAAAGUGACAGACUCAUUGUCGUACAGGUUUUACCAAAGGCACACCAAUAUGUCCUUCCAAGGAGACGAACAAGUUGAGUUUAUAGAUGACAAAGGAGAUGCAGAUCAAUCUAUAGGAUCAAAAACCCUGUUAUCGUUUCUCUCCUUAAAUCGAUUCAAGAAAAAACAUGGAGUUCCUGUGACAUUGGAAUUGUUAGAAGAAGGAGGAUGGUCAAAGGGUACUAACAAAUAUGCCAGAUUAAAUUCUAGGAACAAUGCUUCAACAAGUUCUGGAUUGGAUACUCAACUUCAAAUUCUCGAUGCAAGGACGUUAAUAAAGCAACAAGCAUGUGUCUCUUCUACUCCUGGAUCAUCGUUAGAUUUGGAGUGGGAACAUGAAGGAAUGCCUCUACCAAUUAUGGAUGAUGAAAACAUCGAAAGUAACGAUGCGUCUAUAACUCAAACAUCAGUUAACAAUAGCCAGCCCUCUAGCUUGACAGCAUCUCCUUGGUCUAGAGUGUCUACACCAAAUAGUUUAGAAUGGGAUCCGGUCGAAGCGGAAAUGGUAUGUGUUGAUGUAGAGACUGAGCAGCUUUUGACUGAAAUAGAAAGAUUAACAGACAGAGCAUUAAAAGAAACAGGUGAAUGGACUAGCACUAGCUGA